GGUUGAAAAUCACCAUUUUGGGCGUCAGUUGGCGGCAAGUAUAGCCAUUUUCUCUCACUACAGCUAAGUUGAUUUGAUACGCUUAGUCAACUCUGAACUAGAUUAUUAUAAGUGAUUCACCGCAUUCAUCUGAAGAUCCAGAUCUGAGUUUAGAGAGUUUCGCUCGCACUUGUUUCAAUGGCAUCAAAGCUUUUGCUCUUCAUAAUCUUCCUAUUCGAUGUCGCCGCUUUUGGAUUGGCCAUUGCUGCUGAACGGAGGAGAAGCAGUGCUUACAUUAAAAAAGACAGUGAACUAAACUACCAAUAUUGUGUGUACAAUUCGGACAUUUCAACUGCGUAUGGUAUAGGAGCAUUGUUUCUACUCUUUGCCAGUCAAGUUCUUAUAAUGAUCGCCAGCAAAUGUUUCUGUUGUGGAAGGGCUCUGAAACCUACAGGUUCUAGGGCAUGGGCUGUCAUUCUCUUCAUAAUCUGCUGGGUAUUUUUCAUAAUCGCGGAGUUGUGUUUGUUGGCGGGUUCAGUUAGAAAUGCUUAUCAUACAAAAUACAGAACCUUUUUUGUAAAUGAUCCACCUUCAUGUGAGAUGUUGAGAAAGGGAGUAUUUGCAGCAGGGGCAGCGUUUGUGUUCUUGACGUUUGUGUUCUCCGAGCUUUACUAUGUAUGCUUGUCGAAGGCUAGAGGAUCCAAUCAAUCGUAUGGUGGUGGAGAAGCAGGUAUUGGUUUGGCAGCAUAUUAAUGAUUUUUAGAUUUAGUAAUUGUGGUUUGAACAUUAUAGAAUCUUUCAUUACAUAUUAAGCAUUUGGAAUUGUUCUUCAUAUAUGUACCCCUUAAUAAAUACACUUGUAUUCUAUGCAUAUAAUCGGAUUUGGUCAUUGUAG